AUGACUCGCUCGUCAUUGAAGCUCACUACUUUCAUUAUUUCAAGUAUUCUUUUUUCACUCGUUUCCGCAUCACCACGACUCCUGUCGUCCGAUUGCGGCUGGACUUAUGUUGGCUGCGUCUUAUAUCAGAGCAGUGGCCGACCACUCACGACGAGGUUCGCACCUUCAACCACCGUAGAUACUACUAUUGAGAACUGUCAAGCAGUCUGCUCUGAAAAUGACUUCGCUUACGCUGGCAUGGAGGAUGGAUGGGGAUGUUACUGUGGGGAUGAUUUCGACACUCCUCUAUCUCACGACGGAUACUGCAAUGAGCCAUGCUUUGGAGACCGGUCUGAACUAUGUGGAGGCCACUUAUCGCAGAGCAUUUACGUGGAUACCUGUGCCGUCGAAGACUCCAUCUUGAGCUCUUCCUCUUCAACGCUUAUUUUUGAACCACCUCCAACAUCAGCUGUACCAUCGAGCACCGUGCCAUCACUUAGUUUCACUCUUGGUCCACCAGUACCAACACCUCCCGUCCCAACACUACCUGGUUAUCCAACCUCACCUCCAAGUUCACCAACGCCCUCUCUUUCAUCACCGAUCGACACUCCGUCCUUAUCACUCUCACUAGGUCCGCCUUCAGCCAUUAUUUCACCAUCACCAGAAACCACACCAUCACUUUCGCUAUCUCCGGGUCCUCCUUCGACCUCCUCACCUGCAAGCUCAGUCACAGAACCGAUUGUCUCUCUAUCCAUCGGUACACCCACAGAAUCUGGGCCUCUCUCGCCUCCUCUACCAACUCUAUCUCUGCCGAUCGCCAUCCCUUCAACUUCUGAAAUCCCACGACUGGUAACAACAUCGCCGUUUCUUCCAGGGACAAGUUAUUCGAAGCCUAACCACCCAAACCCAUCAGAUUCGACUCAGUACACAACAUCGACAAUGACAACGACCAAGACAUACACCAUCUCAUCCUGCCCCUCAUCCGUAAAAUCCUGUCCCUACGGCUCCACAACAACUACCGUUUCCCAUAUCACAACAAAAUGUCCUAUCCCUCCCACUCCUGCAGCCCCAACUCUUCCAACCAUAAGCACAACCCCCCAAACAACAACCAAAACCAGCACAACCACCAUAACCAGCAACCUCACAACAACACUCCUCAUCCAAGAAACACACACCUAUCCCAUAACAUCCUGCGCCCCAACCGUCACUCAAUCUACCGUCGGCUACACGACCGUAGUAACGUCCUCCUCGCUGCUCAUCUCCACUUACCCUGUCCCGAUCCCAGUUCCAGGUGCGUCUCUCAGUACAGAUUCCGGAAUCACAACCACGACCACAAUCACUACUCUCUCAACUUCGACAGAAACGGUGCAUCUCUCGCUUGGUUCGUCAUCCUCGUCGUCGUUGCCGCUGUUUACUCUAAAGCCUGAAUUACCCGAGACAGCUUCCGAGACUCCAAAGGACCAGACAGUGUCGGCGCCAACAAUUCUACCACCGAAGAGUGAGCUUGUAGGGGACGUUACUGCUACUUCCAAGGGUGGUCAGGCUCCAGCUCCGGCUCCGACUCUGACGAGUGGACCAGCUGGACAGGUUGAGACGACGCUGGCGCCGGGGAGUUCGAUUGUUGUGGUUAGUGUUUCGUCUGUGCCAACGCCUACAACGACACCGUCGCCUAUUGAGGUGCCAAACGGAGCUAGAAAGUUAGGAGUUGAGUUAUUUGUUUGGGGUGCUGUGGUUGCUGUUGGAUUGUUUGUUGUUAUGUGA